AAAAAAAGCACCCUCAAAAAUUAAUACUCGGCCCAACUACUGCUAUUCAAACUUGCUGUUUUUUCUCGCAUAUUUGGACCGUAACCAACCCUUUUAAUUAGUCCAGUUGUAAAUCUGCAAUCCUCACUAAAACCCUAGCACAGCGCCUUCCGCGGCUAGCAGGAAGAGGAACGGACAGAAGCCAGACACCAGGGAACGGCGGCUAGCAAGAAUGGUGUCAGGAUCGGGAAUUCGAGCCCGUAGAGUGGUCGUGGACGCCAGACACCACAUGUUGGGGCGUCUGUCUUCCAUCCUGGCCAAGGAGCUGCUCAAUGGCGUGCGAGUGGUGGUGGUCCGAUGCGAAGAAAUCUGCCUCUCCGGUGGUCUUGUCCGUCAGAAGAUGAAGUACCACCGCUUCCUCCGCAAGAGAAUGAAUACCAAGCCAUCCCACGGCCCAAUCCACUUCCGUGCACCCUCGAAGAUUCUAUGGCGCACAAUCAGAGGAAUGAUUCCACACAAAACGAAGAGAGGAGCAGACGCACUAGGACGGUUGAAGGCGUAUGAGGGUGUUCCUACACCUUAUGAUAGGGUGAAGCGAAUGGUUAUACCUGAUGCCCUCAAGGUUUUGAGGCUCCAGGCCGGGCACAAGUACUGCUUGCUGGGUAAGCUGUCAUCUGAGGUUGGCUGGAACCACUAUGACACCAUCAAGGUUCUGGAGGAUAAGAGAAAGCAGAGGUCACAGGUGGCAUAUGAGAGGAAGAAGCAAUUGACAAAGCUUAGGAUUAAAGCUGAAAAGGCUGCUGAAGAAAAACUUGGUUCCCAACUUGACAUCCUUUCAGCUGUUAAGUACUGAUCUUUUUAGUUUUAUUGAGGUUUUUAAGCUCUUGUACACCAGACAAUGUGUUUGUUGCCAACUUUUUUUAUAAUUGUUUUGAAGUUAUUUGCAAUUGGAUUCAGUUAUGCCAAUGGUAUUCCGAUGUGCUGGUGCGAUUAUGAGGAAUAGACAGGGAGAACUCAUCUAGGCUAUCAGCUUCAUUCUUCAGGCAUCGUCGAGCAAGGAGGCAGAGAUGAAGGCUUUGGUGAAGGCUUGUGAAGUGGCUUUGGAUUUGGGGUUUGUUGGAUUCCAGAUUGAGGUCGAUGCUUCUUCUUCCAUUACUCAGCUAGCUGAUGAAAUCACCGGACAGACUUCUAAUUGGAUUCGGACAUUCAUGAAUCGGGCUAAAGAGAAAGGUCUUAUUUUUGAGCACAUAUUAAGGGAAGGCAACUUUACAGCCCACUACUUGGCAAAAUUAGGAAAUACCGAAGCCCAUUUAAAUUUGCUUACUCGGGUGGCCCAUCUUCCAAUCAAGGUUACUCGGGUGAUCAGCAAAGCUAUUUUGCUGAUCUUUUUGGCUUUCCAGUUUUGGGAAAGCCAAAACUGGAAAAGUUUUAUGCCCCAAAAAUUUUGGAUCUCAUUUUUUUUUUAUGUUUCUCAUGUAUUUUUCAGAGGUAUGCCUCUGAGGAGAGGUAUGUCUCCUCUCUUUUUGUUUCAUCUCUCAUUAUUAAUAAAACUUGGCAAACGCUCCCCGGCGUUCGCCCCACUGUUUUUGGUGGUUUGCCUCCCGGGGCAAAAAAAUAUGAUUUUUAAAAUCUU